AUGCUUCUGAACGUAGUAUUUUGGUUAUUUGAAAGUUACAUAAUUUGGAAUGUUCAUUGCAUUUCAAAUUUUUGGGAUGAUUUACCAGCAGAUCAGCGAAACGAAGUAUUAGAACUUUAUAAGUUAAAAAACACAAUGCCAAGAACAGAAUUUUAUGAUAUGUGUCAAAAAUGGGCUGAGAAACAAGGUGUUGAAGUAAUGGCCAAAUAUGAAAAAUUUCGAUGGGAUUUGGAGCAGACUAUGAAGCUACGUGACGCAACGUUGAGAGCUAGAUUGAAUAACACAACUUGUGGCGAUAUAGCACGCAAGUUCCUAACUGAUCUUCUCGAUAUGGAAAGAAACAUGAGUCUCAGUGACCAAAUGUUCGAUCAGAUGCGACAAGAAAUGCAGCAUCGAAUGCCAAAAAGUGCUUAUGCUGAAGCGGUUAGAGUAUGGAAUUCUCUAAAUCCCUGGGAAAAUUUUUCGUCUAAAAAAAGUAAAAUAUCGAUUGGAUAA